AGCAGGAGCAGCAGCAGGAGCAGCAGAAGGAGCAGGAGCAGCAGAAGGAGGAACAGGAGCAGGAGCAGCAGCAGCAACAGGAGCAGGAGCAGCAGCAGCAGGAGCAGGAGC